AUGCCAGAAAACAUCCCGUUUCUGAAGAACCGCACGGAACUGGGACAUGUUGGACGCGCGCUGGGUUCGAGUGCGCGCCCCGCGUGGGCUGUAGCGGCGCUGGCCAGCGUGCUGAUCUUCACCACGGUAGUGGAUGUCCUGGGGAAUCUUCUCGUUAUUAUCGCUGUCUGUCGCAACAGGAAACUGAGAAACCCCGGUAAUGUGUUUGUGGUGAGUCUGGCGUUUGCCGAUCUGGUGGUAGCCUUCUACCCUUACCCGCUGGUGCUGUACGCCCUCUUCCAUGACGGCUGGGCGCUGGGCGACACGCAGUGCAAGGUGAGCGGCUUCCUGAUGGGGCUGAGCGUGAUCGGCUCCAUCUUCAACAUCACGGCCAUCGCCAUCAACCGCUACUGCUACAUCUGCCACAGCUUUGCCUACGGCCGCGUGUUCAGCUUCCGGAACACGCUGCUCCUGGUGGGGCUGGUGUGGGCGCUGACCGUGGUGGCCAUCCUGCCCAACUUCUUCGUGGGUUCCCUGCAGUACGACCCGCGCGUCUACUCCUGCACCUUCGCCCAGACGGCCAGCUCCUCCUACACCAUCGCCGUGGUGGUGGUGCACUUCCUGGUACCCAUCGGCGUGGUAACCUUCUGCUACCUGCGCAUCUGGAUCCUGGUGAUCCAGGUGCGGCGGAAGGUGAAGAGCAGCGAGCGGCCACGCCUGCGCCCCAGCGACGUGCGCAACUUCAUCACCAUGUUCGUGGUGUUCGUGCUCUUUGCCAUCUGCUGGGCGCCGCUCAACCUGAUCGGGCUGGUGGUGGCCAUCGACCCGCACCGCAUGGCGCCCCAGAUCCCCGAGUGGCUCUUCGUGGUCAGCUACUUCAUGGCGUACUUUAACAGCUGCCUCAACGCCGUCAUCUACGGCCUGCUCAACCGCAACUUCCGCAGGGAGUACAUGCGUAUCGUCUCGUCCGUGUGGAUGCCACGCCUCUUCGUUACAGAGACCUCGAGGGGAGCCACGGACGGCGUGAGGAGCAGGCCUUCACCUGUCAUCAACAACGAGUGAGGUGAAUUAUGGGAAAUGUAGGAACUUCAUGAGACUGGAAGAAAACUAAUGAUGGACUAAUCAGGACAUAAAACAACCUGACCGAAACUGUUAUAUUUGUGAAUAUUGCCCCAGAUUCAAAUUACCAGGUGCCUGCUUGAUUUCUCUAGCACGGAUGAAGCAUCUUUUUUAUGUUCUUCAAUUUUACUGUACUUACAUUAGAGUAUCCGUUUAUGGCAAACAACUUAACACAAUUUAGGUGCUGGCGUCAAACUUGUGACUUCGUAGAUAUCUUAGUAAUCUUGACUGGAAAUACAUAAUGGACAGUUAACAGAAAACAGAUGGAGAUAAUUGAUAUACAUUCUUUCAAAUGCAUAUGCACUGCCUUAAGUCCAGUCUUGUAUAUCAUCAGUCUCUGGUGUCAACUGUGUUUGUUAUACCUGACCAUGUAAAAGUGCCAAACCCUCUACUCCGACACCAAAUAAUGGUCUCUUAAACAUGUGAACCCGUGUAAGUGUUCUGUAUUUGUCGACAGGCACACCCAGACCAACAUACUGUCUUUUUCUAGGGCACAUUUGUUACCCUUUCCCCAUUUGUGGCACCAGUAAAGAUGAGGCGACGCCAAAUUUCAGUACAUUUUCCCACGCACGCAGGUAGCGUUAGCUGGUUAAGAUGUCUCACAGACUCAGAUCAUUAUGUUGAGUCUAACAAUAAUGUCCUGUCGAACUCUAACUAACAACAUCAACCGAAUUAUUCUAAUUUGAGAAAUGUUACGUGCACAACCCCACUGUUUGACAGAGAGAUGUGGCCAUGUUCACACAGUAUUUUGAAUGAAUAAUUACAUUUGAAGAAUUUGAUUUAAUAAUUUGCCAGAGGCAAUGCAUUGUUUGCAGUGCAUCAUAUCAGUGUUCAUUAUGUGUAAUUAAUAAUGAGCUGGGUUAUUUCCAGGACAUCUGGCUUUAGUCCUUGUUUAGAUGGGAAUCAAUUACUACAAGGUCAUCCUACAUUUCAGUUAGUUGAAGAGAAUUCUCAAAAAUGCGAAUCCUGUCCUCACAAAAAGAGAGACUUGAGCCUGUUUUUUCCAUUCCCUUGAGACAUUCUCCAUUCCCAAUUAUUUGUAUUUGUUGACUCACUCUUGGUCAUAUAUUUGCU